AUGGAGAGAAGACAGAAGGCAGUCCCUGCUAACAGAGAACACCUGCGCCUUUCAAUCUCUGGGGAGGAGUUCGCCUCCACCGUGAGUCUCCCGGGGCCUCCGCCGCGUCUCUCCCGGGGCCUCAGACUCCUGCCGCUGCUGCCGGGCCCACCUGCACUAAACACACCAGAGGCCAGCCCAAACCCACGCAUCCGCGACCCUAGGGCCGUAGGCCUUCCACAAGCACCACUACACCACAUGCCCAGACCUCCAUGUCUGCCCCUGCUUGUAUCAUGCGUCGUGGUGCUCUCUCUCCAGGUCGCGGAUGUGGUGCUCCUCUGUGUGCUGGAUCUGGGGUGGCCCACCCGGCUGCCAGCGCGCAGUUCAGCUCGGAUCCCUUGA